AUGGUUGCAGCUCUUCUAUUUGGGAGCGAGGUCGGUGUUAACGUCGAUUGGCGUUUCUUCGAAGAGAUGACCACCGUCCAAAAGAACAACUCGAUCCCGGGCACGUAUACGAUAAAGGCAAGGAAAAACUGUUCUCUGGUUUACCCCGUCAACAGGACGUCGAGCUGGGAGGCGUCCUUCUUUUACGCGAAGGUGGAUGAGGCGUUGGUCGUCGACACGACCAGGGAUUUUAGGAGCGAAUUGAGCAAUAACAUCGAUCGAAACGUUCAGCUUGAAGCUUUCCCGGAGAAUUUCCAUGCGAAUCUUCAGAAGAUCAGAGCUGUUGGGAUACAACAUUGGCCCGACAUACAUCGCCGGAGAGUCGAGGCUGCCAUCACCCGCAUCACAAACGCUAGCUGGAGGAGAGAAAAUCUAUUAAGGGAGAGAGCGCUUGCAAUGGCUCCUAUUCAGAUGAACGCGCCCAGCCUUGCUGCACGUCUCAAGGCUAAAAAGAGCGGGAGUAAGGAUCGGGGUCCUUCUGCUCCUCGGCCCUUACGUACGGAUUCGGUGCCGGCCCAAGAAGAGGUCGAGGUAGUUCCCGAACGAGAGGCGAACCUCGAGUCCGUCGCUGAAGGUGGGGUCGAGGCUCAGAGUGCUGAAGAUCAAGUGGAAACUCGACAAAUGGAUGAUGAAGCCGAUGAAGCCAUGCAUUCGGAGGGGGUCGCCAAGGCUAAGGCGAAAGGGAAAAGGAAGAAGCCUUCUGGGGAUGGCGACGAUGGCGGUCAAAUUGGAGGCGAGGAUGCGAGCAAACGAACUAAGGUUGAUCCAGCUGGUGAUGACAAGGCCAAGGAGAUCGACUGGAGUUUUUCGUUCGAGUACCCCGAGUCGAGCGAACCGUUUGUCAACAAUGUCGACAAAUGUGCUGAGUUGUUCGGGAUGAUAAGGGUCUCCACCUCCGAGGUUCCUGCUGGCACCGAUGGGGCUUUUAAGGACAUGGCGAGCUUCGCCUUCAAGUUCAUAGAGAACUGCAACCGCGCAAGGGGACAGUACAUGCGCUGGCUCCGGAAUUUUGCUGCUCGGCUGAAAAGUGCCCAGGCUGCCGGUGAAAAGGCAGUGAAGGAGGGUGAUAUCGCUAUCGAGCAGCGAAGGGUCGCCAAGGACAAUUGGCAGACCAUGAAAAGAAAAGCGGAGCAGCUGGACGCCGGUGUGAAGGAACUGACUGAGAAGAUCGAGGCGAUGAAGCAAGAGAAUCUGAACUUAGUCAAUAACCUUCAGCUAGUUAAUGAGGCUAAGAUUCAGGUUGAGAAGUCGAUCGCUACCGAGUACUCAGGUCGAAUAGAUCGGCUGAGGACUCGUAUUGCUCAACAAGAGUCGAUCGAGCAAGUUAAGCUUGAUCUCGUCCAAGCUCGAGGUACACUGGAGUGCCUCGACCUUUUGAAGGAGCAAGAGAUGUCCGAAGUGGAGCUGAGGACCGAACUGGAAACAUCGAAGCUCGACUGCGAGCAAAAGCUGGAGAACCUCAGUCUCGCAGAUCUCAAGGAGGGCGACUUGCCUCCGCCUUACCCUGAAACUCCGGAUGGUGGUUCGGACCAUGACGACGUCGAAGAUCAAGAGAACCACGAGGACGGCAAUCAGCCUGAAGAAUAG